AUGGAAUAUAAAAGACCUCUUAUUGACAAAGACGAAGAAGAAGAAGAUAUAGAGUUGGCUGCAAAACGCGUGACUGCAUAUGAUGCAUCACUAGAAUGCAAAUCUGAAUCAGAGAAUGCAAAUAAUAUUAGACAAUCGACUCGUCCACAAACAGGAUCAUCUUUAUCUCAUCGGAAAGCAAUAUUGAUUUUAAUUAUCAUUGUCGUUCUUAGCCUGUUAACUAUCAUCAGUAUCACAAUAUGGGUUAUUUUCAUUAAAAAGGCCGAAACAACAAUAAAUGUAUCAAAAAUCAACAAAUGGAAAGAAAAUGCCAUUACUGUGGCUGGUGAAAUUGAAGGAGGACAGAAAUUAAACCAACUCGAUCACCCUUGUGGAUUCUUCAUUGAUAAAGACAAAAAUAUUUUCAUUGCUGAUCGUUGGAAUCAUCGUAUUGUAGAAUGGAAGUAUAGUGCAAAAAAAGGACAAAUCAUUGCAGGUGGAAAUGAAGAAGGAGAUCGAAUAGAUCAAUUGAGCAGUCCAACAGAUGUGAUUGUUGAUCAACAAAAUCAUUCGACCAUCAUUGCUGAUUAUGGAAACAAACGAGUGAUUCAAUGGAUCAACCAAAAUCAACAAAUUCUCAUUCACAAUAUUCACUGUUGGGGCUUGGCAAUGGAUAAUUAUGGAUUUCUUUAUGUUUCUGAUGAGAAGAAUGAAGUGAGACGAUGGAAAAUAGGAGAAUACAACAACGAAGGAGUUAUAGUGGCAGGAGGAAAUGGUGAAGGAAAUCAACUCAAUCAAUUCAUUUCUCCUGGUUUUAUCUUUGUUGAUGAACAUCAAUCUGUUUAUGUAUCAGAUAGAGAGAAUCAUCGCGUGAUGAAAUGGAAAAAAUAUGCGACAAAAGGAAUAGUUGUAGCUGGAGGAAAUGGUCAAGGAGGAAAUCUCAAUCAAUUGUCUAAACCUCGAGGUGUAAUUGUUGAUGAUUUGGGUCAAAUCUAUGUGGUAGAUUGGAGGAAUCAUCGAGUAAUGCGCUGGUGUGAAGGAGAUAAGGAAGGUGAAAUUGUUGUUGGCGGAAAUGGUAUAGGAAAUCAAUCAAAUCAAUUGAGUUAUCCCACAGGUUUAUCUUUCGAUGAUGAAGGAAAUCUUUAUGCGGCUGAUUAUCGGAAUCAUCGAGUUGAGAAAUUUGAAAUAAUUUUGUGA